CCGGGAAUCUUACACGCAAGCGCUCUCCUAGCAUGCCUGAUGAUAUCAUGACCAUUUCUAGCUCGCAGGAGUCACAGGUUGGUCCUGGAACAUACUAUUAUUUCAACAGCAAUACUCUACCUCGAGCUCAAGCAAGGAAGUAUGAAUUUCCCUUGGGAUUCGCUCCCCAAAGACUGGACCACUGCUGUAAAAUUACGUGAAAUAUCCAAGCGACGUCGUGAAGAGCGAAAUUCUUCAUCAGGCAACUGGAGUGGCAGCAGCAACCGACAGUCUUUAGACUCUGCUCGCUCUUCCACGUUACCCUCCUCUACAUCUCAGCACUCUUUAGGCCGAGAUUCUGGUCGUGACUCUCCAUCACUGGAUGACAGAAGUGGAACAGACACAAGUACCCCUACAGAUAAGACAACCCAGGACUGUCUCUUGUCUACAUUUGCACCACUCAAGUCAUUCUCUGCCAAGGAUGGUACACGGGAUACAGAAGAGUGGCUGCGUUCGCUAGCGCAACGAGCAGCAUGCAGAGAAGAUGCUACAGCUGACAUUACCGCAUCACUUUCAUGCCUGUCUUUGUUGACACGCCAGAACAUUCAGGAGCUAGACAGUAUGUCUACUGGCUUGCAGCGUCCUCCAAAAAUGGAUGACGAGGUCUCCUCUGUGUACUCUUUGGACCAAGAGGGUUUUUACACAUCUUUUCACAACGACAGUGGUUUGAGGCGUAGCACUAACAUGCUCCUAGAAGGUGAAGAUGAUACUCACUUGAACCUUGUUAAAGAAGCACACAGUAGCAUGCUUAGUAUAGGAAGUAAUAAUACAAUUGACAGUGUGAUUUUCCGUCCUUUUGGUGCUAGUGGAGCUGAGACUGCUCAAGAACCUGACAGUAGUCCUGUGGCUUCCCAGUCCCAUGAUGAGAAAAGCAAAAAAGUGCGUCCCCUACCUCCUCCACGUUGUGGAAGUUGUUUAAGUGGCAAUUCAUCAGAUACAAGUUCAAAAAGAACCAGUCCCAUUCUUGAAUCUGCUGCUGUCAGGGUCACAAAGACCAGUGGUGAACAGUCGAAUUCUGAAUCGGACCAGGAAACAGUUUGUGCUCGUGUGAGGUCCAAGACACGCAUUUCCCCACACACGUUUCCCUCAUGGUGUUUAAUUAGUGACGAAGAUAGCACUGACAGUUCCAGCUCUCACCUUAACCGGCAAAGCCCUCAAGAUACUGCUUCUGUUUCUCUUUCGGGAAGCAGGUCACAUGAGGGUGCUGGACCCAUGAACCCUCUCCCCCAGACUGGCUCCUCUGUUGCCGUGGAGCCAAGUCUACAAGGGGAGAAGGCUUUAGAAACUGGAUGGAAGGCUGUAGAAACAGGGUGGAAGGGUAGUACAUUACCACGACUUUACCUGGAGUCCAAAGUAUGGGAGGAAGAUGUGCAGGAACAGAACAACUCGUGGCCCCGAUCUAGACGCUCACAGCAUCAACAGCCCACAGCAGGCAUUUUGAAAAGAGACAAAUCCCCUGCCGGCACUUUAAAGCCUAAAACUUUAAACUUUGCACCAGUGGUAAGCUAUUUUGAUCACCAGACACCAGAUGGUUCUGAAGCAUCAUUGGCAUCAUCGACCUUGUCGUCCCUGGACAGCAGCAGCGACCAAUCUGGCAAUUAUCAACUUGCCAUGCCUUUCCCGUCUCCAUCCAAUGGCAUUUCAGAUGGUCUGGUGGAUCCUAAGUACCAGCCCACAAUAACAGUCAAACCAGGGAGGUCAGGUGACUUCAGAAUUAGAUCACAAAUAAUCUAUCCUCCUACCCUCGUUAAAGCAACGUCUACUCCUAUGAGCAAUCAUUAUCUUCCAGGAAUGUCAUCGGGUGUGGUGGAGUCUUCUGAGGGCUCAGUCACAAGCAGCCAGUCAUCCAUACCUUCAUUGUCAGAUUGUGGCCGUGGUGGUUAUUUAGACAUGAGCAGGAGUCUGGGGAAUCCUUCUCUGGACACUUUAAGCUCAAGUAGCUCAGCUGCCUUUUCAGACAUCGACUCCAGCCUGACCUAUGUCUCCAGUCCCAACAUUACCCCCACCAACUCUGUGCUCAGGCUUGACCAAGAUUUAUCAGAUACCCCUACCCCUGUCAACUCUCCAAGCCUCGAGCGAAGUGCAAACAGGACAACCUCAUUUUCUGUGAAUGGUACUUCAAGUUGUAGCUCUGUAUUCUCCUCAAAAUCAGGGUCAGGUUCUCCAGUUGUGCUGGACAAUGGACCAGUGCUUCAUUCAUGCCCUCCACCUUUAGUGCAGAUAAGAUCUGACUGUGGCCACACAGAGACAUCUAGAAUUGUGCAAAGCAAAUCUACAAGGAGUUUUCAUGACUUGGGAAUCCCUGAGCAAUCAUCUGGUGGGUGGAUGGCAGAGAAACUUGCAAUUAGGUCACGAACUAAUUCUUUGACAAUGGACAGUGGCUUCAGCUCGCCAACCACUCCAACAACAGGAUUAGUGGAUUCACAGCAGCAAGAACGUGUUAAACGAUCUUCUCCUCAGUGUGGAACUUGGCCAAGCUCACAUUACUCACAGCUUCACAAUCCACAACCUCUAAUGACUGAUGCAAUACUGGCACCUGAAGCAGAAAUUAAUAGUGGAGAGAAUGGAAGAUAUGUAAGUGCUAGAAAGCAUAGAACAUCCAAUCCACCAACACAUCUUUCCUUGGGUCACACACAUGAGCCUCUGGAAGCUUCUGAUGGUACCACGUCUUUUAUGGCUUCCACACCAAGGACAGAUUCUUACCGUGUUGCUAUGAAUAAGGAUUUAAACCCACAAAAGCAUAGCCUUCAAAGUAAACAUCACCCAGGAAGAUCUUUUUCAUCAAGUGAUACGUGUGCUUCCAGCAAGAACCCACACCAUCCUCCUCGCAUGACAAAAACUUUCUCCUGCCCUGUUGGCAACCUUGACGAUGCAGUCAGCAGGGCGGACUCUUAUCGUUUAGCAGUACGCAACACACAUGGUGUUUUGGGAGAACUUGCCACACGUAAUACCUCUUAUCGUAUGGCCACUCGAGAAGAUGAUCCCAUGCCUGAACCAAAUUUCAGAAUGGAUGCACUUAAUUCUUGGGACAGAAUGCAGACCAAAGGUGGCAAGGACAUUCGCAGAAUGGGAAUUACGGAUGUGGACCAGCUGAAGUGCUAUGAUGAUGGUACUAAUUUUAGCAGACUUUCCAUGUCAUCAGUCACUAACAAAGGGUUUGCUGGCAUCAACUCUUCUCGUAAGAAAAUGAAACAAGAGGCUCAUAGCCUAUUGCGGAACGAUAAAACACCCUCACCUGACUUGAAACUGCCUCCAAAGUCUGGGAAGAGCAGCAAAGAUAAGACCAGAACCCAGUCAUCCACCUACAUUCGUUUUGACCCCAUCUUUGAAGACAAAGAUGACUUGUACACUUCUACUCACAGUCUACGCACACAGUCUGUAGAAAUGCUGGUGUCUGAGAAUGGAUUUUUAAUGAGUGAUAAAAUUGUCAGCCACAUGCCACCAAGCAGACUAAAAACGAGUGGAAAUAAGAAGCCAGCAGAUGAGAAAGCCGUCAUGUCCAUUCUGGAUAGCAUAAAGACUACUAUUAAAUCUAUAUCCAGCAAGAAUUCAGCGGACAAAGAUAUGUGGCGAUAUGAAGGAGGCAUUUAACAAUGGCCAGUCACUUGGUCACAUAAUAUUAUGCUGCUCUCUUUUGAAUUUAGAAUCAAAAGAGUUGUUUAAAAGUGCUGAUGCUAUAAACUCUUUAAAAUAGUUAACGGUGCUCACAUGUCUAUGCAUCCUUCCAUUGCAGUAGUUUUUUUGUCUGCAACUUUUGGUCUGUCUUCAAGCAAUUGUUUGUUUUUUUUAUACAUUUUAUGGUUGAUUUUAAGUCUUUAGAAAUGAGCUGACUGAAAAAAUAUGCUCUUGCUAAUUAAAACAGUCUCUAAAUGAAUGUAAAUAUUUAUUCGUGCAGAAAAAUCUGUGUAGAUGUGUUCAGCGCACAGGCAGUUAGGCAGCACAAAUAAUGUAAGUUUAUGUUUGUAGCAAUUAAGUGUGUAGUGGUAUGUACAUUCCAACUGAUUUUUAAUGUUUUAUGAUCAGAAUAAGCUGAUUUUGUUGGUAACUCUCAGUUAACAAAUGGCAAAGCUUAAUAUUUAAAAUCAAAAACUAGUUGUGGCCCAAAGGUACAUCAUUUGUAUGAGGGAUAAUAAACGUUAAGAUAAAAGCAUUUUUGAACACAUGCUUAUGUGCAGGUACACCCAUAAACAUGUGCAUUCUCACCAACUUGCAAAAAUAUUAUUACUUAUAUACGACUUGACUGAAAUAUGUGUCAAGAUGGAAAGAGGUUUGCCUGCGGGCUGCGGAGGAUCUAGAAGUUCAGUUUUUCAUAGGCAGAUUUAUUCACCAGCCUUGUUUUGAACACUUGUGUGCUGUUUACUGCAAAACCAUUUUCUUGAAUAUAUUUAUUGAGCAGAUAUUUUUGAUAACAAAAUAGGAAAUAAAUGAUUAAAAUAUUUUUAUAUGAUCAACAGCAUUCUGGAGAUGCCAGAGAUUCAGGUACUGCCACAGCUUUCCAAAAUUAUCAUUGGUAAAUGUAAUGUGAGUUUAGUUCAUGUUCAUUUUAAGGAACAGAAAUGGCAUGAAAAAUCAGACGAGCAAUUGUUUUAGGCUUAAUUGAAAUCACAUGGCCAACACAUUUUGCUGGAAAAGAUUUGUUGCAAUCUCAGUAAACACUCGUGAUAAUUUAUACUUCUCUUCCCCCACAUUUUCCAUUUCAUGGUGAAAUGGGAGUCGUAGAUACAAUGAUGUCUCAAGCAUUUUAAUUUAAACUAGGAAACAUUUUCACCUGAACAAAGCUUAAACAAGUUAAGAUUACCUGCAUGUAAGUCAACCAUAUAUCCUUGAGUUUAAUGCAGUUUUAAUGGAAAUGUUCAUAUCUCCCAGUGUUUAUUCCAAGAUUUCACAGAAGUCAUCACUAGAGUAGUUCUCCUAGUCUCAUGUACAUUUUUGUUAAGCAUAAUUGGCACCUUUUGAACCUGAUACAGGGCAAAAUUCAAACCAGACCUCCAUCAAAUGUCUAAUAAAACCUAUUAAAAUAGGGCUGUAUUAGCAUCAUGAGUUGCAAUGUUGGCCUUUAAAGCAAUUUUAAAGAAAAAGUUUCUAUUUUGCUUUUGGUCAAGUGGCAACAUGUUAAUAAAGUGUGUGUUGUACCUCACUGGCGCUUAAAGUCAGUGGUUGCAGCAGAUUUAAUAUCCUCCAUUCCUAUGUCUUAGAAAUAUAUCUUUAGUUAAAAGUUAACAUACAUAACUACAUCAGUUGUGAAAGUCAUUGUGUGCAUGAUGGGGUUAACUGCAUAGAAGAGGACAGCAUGUAAAAUGGAGAUACUUUUUUCCUAUGUACUUAAGUCUCAAAAUUUUUUAACAGAUUUCUUCAAUAUGAAUUUAUUAAUAUUUAAUAUUUCUAUUAGAAGAAGCUGUUGAAUCAUUUAAAAUCAAAGAUAAAUUUAGAGAAUUGUGAUGCACUUUUUAUGAAAAGUGAUGUGAACAAAGUCAAUGAAAAUGUUAAAAGAUAUAGAUUCUAGUAAAGAAAAAUCCCUCUUUGUCACUAUAUUUUGGGUUGUGUCCUUUGUCCUGAAGCUAACAGGAGACUUUUUCAGUUGUAGUGAUAAAACAUUGAAGGACCAAGUUCUCAAGUUUUAAUGCUCUGUGUACAGGCAUAGUACAGAUCAAGGGUGCCUUAUUUGAACCUGGUUCUUUUGGUUCACCUUUUUCUGUCAUUUCAUCUGGUCAUCAUGUCUGAUAACUUGGCAAUUCUGUUCUGUUACACUUUAAUUCUUAAUCUGCAGUCCAUAGUCUAAAAAAUCUCAACCAAGUAUCACAUGCAGUGUUCAGUCAUCGCAGUUUGCUGAGAUUGAGAAGACACUAAUUGGAAGAUUUAGUUAUCAAAAUCUGAACCCAGUAAAAUGUUGAGCAAAAGUAACUAUAAAAAACAUUUUGAUGUAAUCAGUGAAGAAAUGAAUAUUGCUGUCAUAUUUUAAAAACUUUAUUACCUGUCAUGUACUUUUGUAUUAAUUUUUUUUUAAAUUAAUGAAAGUUAGGGCUGACAGGAAUAAAAUUUUGUUGAAUUUUGAAAUGUUUUAUUUUGAACAUACAUUAUGUAUAUUGUCAAAUUUCCUAGUCAAUAACCUAAACUUUACAGCUGUGUAAUUGAUUUCAUCACACUGUCAUCACAAUCUUACAACACACAAAUCAUCAUCUUACUUCUUUCAGAAUGUAAAUAACUGUCAAAUAUCAUUGUUUAAUCUUGUUUUCACUGAUUUUAUUGUAGUAGACAUAGAAUCUGUUUGUGAAUCUAUGCAUGAUACUUUGUUAAAAAGCAUUGUGCACACAAGUUCACAUCAAUAUUCAUAACAAUGUGUCUUGUGUUUCCAUUGCCUUAGGGGGGGAAAAAGCUUGACACAUCUUGCCUUGUCAUCCAUACAACUCCAUUUUCUUGACUAUCAGGGAAAGCCAAAGAUUGUGCUGUUAUCAUUUCUGUUGUGUGAGCAGACAAUUAAAAAAAAAUAACCACCAAUGCCAAGAAUGCUCCCAAGUCUUCUCCAUAUGAUCACAGGGCUGCAAGAUGUAGAAGAAACAGGUCCAUCUGUGCAUGGGUUUCAAAAUACAAAUACACAUGUACUGAAAAUAUGUGCACCCAUCCCCUGGGUGUGGAGGAAAAAAAAGAAUCCCCAUAUGCUGUGUCUCAGAUGUGAGUAGCGUGACUUCCUUUAAAAAUAAAUUUUUUGUUUCAUU